AUGUCACAAAACACAAACCACGAAGGUGUAUUCGAGAGACUCUUCGGACACCAUCCCCACCACCACCAGAAUGAGUCCCAGGAUGAGACCAACCAGGGUACCGAGGGACAAUGCUCAAACCAGCAGAAGAGCACGGGUACUCAGCCCUCGCAUCAUGGCGAGGAAAGUGAGAUGGAUAAGUUGAAGGAUUAUGUGCAUGAGGAUGAGGAGUUGGAGAAAGAGGGUCAGACGUAUGGGGGGUUGAUGUAAUUGAUGUAUUUGGAUUUGGGUUGGGUUUUUUUGUAUGUUUUUGUAGGUAAUUAGGGUAGGUUUUUGGUAGGUAGGUAGGUUUGGGUAUAUUGGUCUGGGUUGUAAUGGAUUAGUAGGUGGGUUGGGUUGGGUCUAUCUAUACCUGUGUCUUUUCUUAGUAUCGGGAGUUGGGUAUUGGGGUUGGGGUUGGUUAUGGAGUUGGGUCUAUAUCUGUAUGUAGUCUUUGUGUAACUU